AAAAAAAUGGUUGGAAUGAAUGUUAUGCGAGUCUUCACCAUUACUGGAUCUAAUCCAGCUUUGUUGAAUUGUUCUGCGAGGAUUUUAUCGAGUCCGGUAAAGUCGACCAAGUUAGGGUGUUUAAAAACAUCGACUUGCUCUUAUACGACGUCGUCUCAUCUCUUUGGCAAGCUCCUCUUCCGUCAGCUCUUUGAGAAGGAAUCAUCCACCUACACAUACUUGCUCGCCGAUGUUACUCACCCUCAAAAACCAGCUCUGUUGAUAGACCCAGUUGACAAAACGGUGGAGAGGGAUCUUUCCCUUGUUAAAGAGUUAGGACUCAAGCUAAUAUAUGCUAUGAACACUCAUGUCCAUGCUGACCAUGUAACUGGCACUGGCACCAUAAAGAGUAAGGUCCCCGGCGUGCAGUCAGUCAUUUCGAAAGCAAGCAAAUCGAAAGCUGAUCUUCUAAUUGAAGCUGGUGAUAAAAUAUAUUUUGGCGAUCUGUUUUUAGAGGUUCGACCUACUCCUGGCCAUACAUUAGGUUGUGUGACCUAUGUUACAGGAGAUGGACCCAAUCAACCCCAACCAAGAAUGGCUUUCACUGGAGAUGCCUUAUUGAUACGUGGAUGCGGAAGAACUGAUUUUCAGGGUGGGAGUUCACAAGAACUCUACAAGUCUGUGCAUUCACAGAUUUUCUCAUUGCCCAAGGAUACAUUGAUUUAUCCGGCUCAUGACUACAAAGGAUUCACUGUUAGCACUGUAGGGGAGGAGAUGCUCUAUAAUCCUCGGCUCACUAAAGAUCAGGAUACAUUUAAACAUAUCAUGGAAAAUCUGAACCUUCCCUAUCCAAAGAUGAUUGAUGUGGCUGUUCCCGCGAACAUGGUUUGCGGUCUACAAGAUUUGUCUUCAAAGCCUGUUGAGGCUGCAUCAAAGAUAUGAUCAGUUUAAUGCAGAUGAUUUCAUCCUUGAUUAACUCAACACUGGGAACCACUCAUCCAAAGACCAAAUGGUAUGCAACAAAAGAAACCACACAAAACAAAAAUGUCUUCUCUUGCUUUGUACUGCUGUAAGAGAUUAUAUAGCAUGUGUACUACAACACAAGUCAUGUAUUAUAAUAAACGGUAAAUAGCGGUAAGUACCCAGAAUUUUAAGUUUGCAAGCGAUAUAAAUUUAAUAUUUAUUUUUAGCGGCAUAAGUGUUCAAGGUUUGUACAACUGUAAUUUUCUUCCAAUUUCUUCAGUACUGAUUCUUUAUGUGUGUCUUGUUUAAGACAAUAACAGUAUGUAGUGAUGAAAUUAGAGAAAAAAAAAUUACAAUUUUACAAACAUUAAGAUUUAUGCUAUGCUGAUUUAUGUUAUUUAUAAACUUAAAACUUUAGAUACUCAUGAGUUUGGAUUGUACCUCUAAGCUAAUUAAUCUCCUAUGUUCAUUUCAAUAGUCUAUGCUUAUUGCAUACAACGUACCUUUACUUAUAGCCUUUAUGCAUAAAAUAAAAAUGUUAAGAGCAUUGCCUUUGAUUUUAAA